AUGUCGCAAAAUAUACUUCUACUUGUUUCAGAGAACGCAGAUCCUGAAGUCCUCACUCCUACAGAUAUAACGACUACGCCACGUAUUUUGUGUGCAGCGCUCGAAGCGACUCUUUAUCUGUUUCCUACAACUGCUUCGUCCAUUCUCUAUAUCGGAAAAAUUGACACAACCGGCUUCUCAAAAGUCGCACCGUCUCCUGCACGUACCCUUGCACGUGCUACUAUAGACUUCUUUGCCAGGCCUGAUACACGUCCCACCGAAUGUGGCCAAAGAGUUUGGGUACAUCUAUUUGCCCGUGCUCAAUCCCAGUACCUGUUCCCUGAUUCAGCGGACUGGAAAAACAAACGUGUCCUGAAUGAUGCGGGCCUGGUGAGAUGGUGGUGGAGUCUUUUUGGUGAUGUCGCGAAGGAUGUCGCAGAGAGCAGUCAGCCAGAAACUCGUUUCAAGGGCACGAAAAUGUGGUAUAUCCUUCCUGGCUUCAACGAUAUAGAAGCAUAUCAUACAUUGUCAUCGGGCUCCAGUUUUAAGAUGGCACAAGCGGGGGAGCUCCCUUGGUUUUAUGGGCAUCCAUAUGAUGAUGCUUCAAUUACAUUUCCUCUCCCAGUAAAUUCUACUGAAGACCCAACUAUCAACUCUUCCUCAUCCAAGGACUCUACCAAGGUCCAAUCUAUCGCAUAUUUAAUCCCUACCUUUUCCGAUGAUCCCAAGGCUCGUUUCCUGGGAGAAAUUGCGAGUACGACUUCCGAGACAGACGUGCCUCCUCCAGUUCCCAAGGCAGCUUCCAGGCCAGCGUCUCCUACAACUCCAACGCGAACGCCUCGUUCUAUAUCGUCACAGAAAGCCCCAGAUUCUUCUCCCCAGUCUGCUUCUGAUUCGCCUUCACAAUCUCGUCUAAAAAAACGUCGGCGGGUAGAUGCCAACAAUUCUCCAGCAAAGCCCUCGGACCCGGAUGUUAAUAAUGAUAGCAUGCCCCCGGUAGAUGAAAAUCCCACUCCAGAUACGCCAUCAGCUACCGAAAAAGCUCUCCCGGGCGCGCCUUUGGUACCUCCUUCAGGCGUUCCAAGUCAGCCAAAGAGCAAUGCACAUGCAGAACCUGAGCUUGUACGCCGGGGACGCCUUGCACUAUCCGCAGUAUCUGCAAAAGAAUUUUGGGAACGCAUGGGAUUCCGGCAGGAAUGUGCCUUGGGAGCUGUAACUGCGUUCUUCGUUGCUUUAUUUGAGAACUCCAAGGCACCGGUUAAGUCAGACGCGAAGAUCGCCAACGAAUAUACCCCACUGCCUACGCACACACGAAUUCUGCAGUCGUUAAUGAACCAUGCGUUCUCAACCCCUGAAAAAGCAAUACGGUCAACCCAGCUCCUCGAAACAUCAAUUCGCACCCUAUGUGAUGGUGUGGUUGCCACUCCUGGCGAGAGCGAAGCUGAGAAUAUCAAUUCAUCGUUUUAUCAUGCACACAUCUACCAAAGUGUGGUCAAUAACAAUCCUCCAUUGAUUCCCCGAGAUAAUGUGGCCACCCCUGUCCCAGUCAACGUAUUACAAGUGAAGCGCAAGGCACGUCGUUGA